AUGAACCGUCGUGACGAAUGGUCUGCACUCGGGCUGUACCCGGGGCUCGUGUUCGAGAACGCGACGCUGGGGUGCGACGGGUGUGGCAUCCUUGUGGAUCCGACAUCAUUGAGACCGCUCAGUGAGCAGCUGUAUCUCCUGGUGCCCUCACGAGGCUGGGACGCCGACGAGGCAGGACCCGAAGCGGCGCUCCCUACUGCCCCGGCACACCUACGCGUGAACGAGUUUGGCGGCCACGGGUUCGGAAUUCUGGGCGCGACGCGUCCCGUGUGUGGCGCGGGCACAUUUUGCGAGUACAUCGCCGUGCACCGCUCGCAGCUGGUGCCGGCGCCCGCUCACCUAUCUGCGGUACAGAGCGCCGCACUGCCAUGCGCAGCAGUGACGGCGUACCGCGCGCUAUUUACCAAGGGACGCGUCGCUGCCGGCCAUAAUGUGCUGAUCACUGGCAUCGGCGGCGGCGUCGCGAUCCAGGCGCUCCAGAUGGCCCUUGCCGCUGGUGCCACCGUCCUUGUCACGGGCGGCUCGCCCACCAAGGUUGAGCGUGCAUGUGCGAUGGGCGCGCGCGGUGGCGCCGUGUACAAGGACGCCGACUGGCCCGGCCAGGUGCGUGCCCUCCUCCCGCCGGCACGCCCGUGGAUCGAUGUUGUGAUCGACUCGGCUGGCGGCGCCAUUGUGGGACAGGCGCUCCAGGCGGGUCUACGUGAUGGUGGGAAAGUCGUGGUGUUUGGUAUGACAGCGGCGCCCAGCGUCGAGAUGACGAUGCGCGACGUGCUCAAGAAUGUGGAUCUCCAAGGCUCCACCCUUGGCUCGGCGCGCGAGUUCCGCGCGAGUAUUGAGUUUAUCGAGGCGCAUCGCAUCGUGCCCAGCAUCGAUACGAUACUGCCCGGCUUGGAGCACGCAGGCGAUGGGCUAAAGCGCCUAGCAGACGCAGAGCGGCGCAGUGGCGGGAAGGUGGUCAUCGACUUGCAGGGGGGGCCUGGCGCCUGCGUGGCAGCGCGCAGCUAG